AUGUCGAGACAACAACAAAACCAAGCUACGAUCAUUAGAGAUUUGUUAAAGGCGGUACAAGAUUUGGGUAGGCAACAAGCACAGGUUGGUCCCCAUGGUGCAAACGCUAACUACACCAGCUCAAUUGUGGAACAAUUUCAUUGCUACAAACCCCCAAUCUUUGAUGGCAAGGCAGACCCACUGACAGCCGAAGAAUGGAUAAGAGGAAUGGAGCGAAUCUUCAAACAUCUAUCUUGCACUGAUGCUCAAAAGGUGUUAUGUGCAGAAUUCAUGUUGGUUGACGCUGCAAGCCACUGGUGGGAGUCUGCAUCUCGUACUAGAUUAGAAGCACAACAACGUGCUCUGAUGUGGACACAAUUUAAGGAUGAAGUGAUGGGAAAAUACUUCCUCCAAGCUCUGAGAGAUCAAAAAGAGAUAGUAUUCCUUCAACUUGAACAGGGAAAAAUGAAGCUUGAGGAUUAUGAGAGAAAAUUCAAACAACUCUUAAGGUAUGCACCACACCUAGUGGACACUGAAGCAAAGAAAGUAAGGAGGUUCAAACUGGAAUUGCGUCCUGAGAUUGGUGGAAUACUGGCAUCCCACCAAUUCACCAUCUAUAGCCAAGUAUUGCAGACUGCCCAAGCAAUCUCAAAUAGGUUUGGAAAUAGAUCAAACUCCCCAGCAAGGGGCCGAGCUUUCAGGAAAGAGGAAAUGGAAUGGGUCCAACGAAGAGAAAGGAGAAGGACAGAACAAGAAGGCUAA